AUGGGAGGCAAGGCAUUCUCUCGUUCGGAUCCUCCUCUGGAGACUCCUCGCAUGCCCAAGGAGGUUUAUCUUGAAGUUAAGAAUAAAGUCGUUCGCGCUCUAACCCCUGCUUUUGGCUGGAUCGAUUCCCCCCUUGACGGUCCUGGUAAGAAAGACUUUGGCGACAUCGACAUCAUCGUCUCUGGCCUCAACGGCGGUGACAUGCGCAAGGAGAGCGUCCUCGCUCUCGUUAACCAACUUCUUGAGGCCGAAGCUCAAAUCACCGAGCCAGGAAGCGCUGUAUCCGCUCAUUUUGCUAUCCCUUGGCCCAAAGACCUUCCUCAGCCUGAUAUUCAUGACCCGCUUCAGGACGAUGCUUCCAACGCGCUCAAGUCCUCUGCUACUCCUCUUGGAGCCAUCGCAUCUGCUGGCACCUCUUCUGAUGAUUCGUCCCGUCCUCAGUCUCGCGCCCAAGAAACUUUCGAGUCCAACGCCGAGCCUCUAACUCUCAAACAGCUACGAGACAAGGAAAAAGAACUUGUAAGUUUGAGCUCUACUCAUAAACGAGUGGUAACAAGCAUGAGAAAAUACUAA